AUGCUGACCCGUAUCAAUCAAGCAGACUUCAAGUGCGUCAUGGCCGCGAUGGAUCUGGACCACCAACUGUCGGACACGAGCCUCCAGGAAGCUGAGAGGAGCUACGCGGAGUCUGAGCUGAGCCUCGAGUGUGAUGACCGGAGUCCCCGCUCGGGUCGAGGAGCUGAGUGGAGCCGGGUGGAGUUUGAGCUCAACCUCCCCAGUGGUUGUGGGGCCGUCGUCCAAGAUGCCGAGAUGAGGCGUCCGAGCGAGGUCGUGCCGAGCCCGAGCCCAGCUUUUACUGUGAUCAUGGAGCCUUCACCCAAGUCGACAAGCUGGGCGAGGAUCGAAGGUCUGAGCGGAGUGACGUGGAGUCCGAGCCCGGCGUCGAAUGCGAUGUUUGAAGUCUUUGCUCAAGUCGAGAAGCCGAGCGGAGUGUUACAGACCUGA